AUGGCUGGCGACGGCGAGAGGUUUUUGCGAAAAUUUAUAGUAACUAUCCUCGGAUAUUUGUUGCUGCUUUAUAUAUCGGAAAACGUCCCAGGCGCUUCGGCUGACUGCGUCUGGUACGGCGUGUGCUCGAAGCCAGGGGAAUUUAAACAGAAGAACUGCAAAUAUGAUGGUCCCGCCAAGAAGAUUGACGAGAGCUCUAGGUCAAUACUUGAAAAAUACUGCCCGGAUAUCGCUGCCGGUACCCUGAGCUGCUGUGACUCGGGUCAGCUCAACAACCUGGACAAGAGUGUCGGUAUCGCCGUCAACAUGCUGUCCAGGUGUCCUACUUGUCUGGACAAUUUCCUGAAACAUAUCUGCAGCAUGACGUGUUCGCCAGAUCAGAGUCAGUUCUUGGAUGUUAAGAAGGUCAAUCCCUUUAAUGAAACGCAUCAGCAGAUAACUGAGCUCGACUAUCAUCUUGGUGCCACCUACAUGAAUACUACCUACCAAUCCUGCUCAAGUGUUCAAGUUCCGUCAUCUAACAAACUGGCUCUCGACUUGAUGUGCGGAGACUAUGCGUCGGAGUAUUGUUCGCCUCAGCGCUGGUUUGACACUAUGGGCGACGGCGCUUCGCCCUUCGUGCCCUUCCAAAUUAACUACAUCAGUGGAGAUGAACCAGUGGACGGCUUCACUCCUACCAAUCCACCUACGAAACCCUGCAGUGUUGGUCUUACAGAGGGUCAACCCGGAUGUUCAUGCCUUGAUUGUGCAGCGUCAUGCCCCGCACCACCACCCACUCCGCCUCCUCCGAGGCCGUUCACUAUAGCCGGUGCUGACGGAUACGCUGUCUGUAUGGCUAUAGUCUUCGUUAUAUUUACCUCGCUCUUCCUUGGCGGUGUCUAUUGCUGCAACCCGCAAGAGAAUAUUGUUGAGUCCUGGCGAGCUGGAGACCGCGACGGUGCGGAGACGAGCCCGCUGCACACACAUAGAUCUAGUGUAGCGUCUGAAACCAAUCCGGAAAUGGGUACCAACCCGGCUGCCACCGGGUGGUCGAUAGAUCAACCAGACGGCGCCAAUGACGCGACAUUCUUCGAGAAGCUUGGGGCUAAGACUGAAACCAAAUUGGAAGAUUUCUUCCAGUGGUGGGGUUGUAUUAUGGCUUCUAGACCGUGGACUGUUCUGUUUUUGGGAUUGUGUGUAAUUGUGGCUCUUGGCUACGGAAUUAGAUUCAUGCAAGUGACCACCGACCCGGUGGAACUCUGGGCAGCUCCAAACUCACGCUCGCGUCAAGAACGAGAAUACUUCGACUCGCACUUUGAGCCGUUCUACAGGACAGAGAUGCUCAUCAUCACAGCUAAGGGUCUGCCAAAGCCGGAGUACAUAGCAGCUGACGGGACGACCAUAACAUUUGGUUCGGUGUUCAACUCUACUUUCUUACUGGAAGUCUUGGAACUCCAGAAUAGGAUAAUGGCUCUCGGGAACGAAACCCGCAUAGAAGAUAUUUGCUUCGCGCCUCUGUCUUCGCCGUUUAGCGGACCUGUCACCGCUGAGAAGUGCGGCGUCAUGUCAGUGUGGGGCUGGUGGGACAACGACCCCAGCAAUAUUGAGGACAAUCUUGAAGAUAACGAGUACCUCUCGAGGAUUAUCACAUGUGCUAGCAACCCCUUCACAUGCCUCGCCCCAUGGGGUGGUCCAGUACUUCCUGCUGUGGCCUUGGGUGGUUUCCUCGCCCCUCAAGAACAACUUACUAAGACGUCACGUUUCCAUGAAGCCAAUGCUCUAAUUAUCACGUUCUUAGUUAAUAAUAAGCACGAUAAAGAAAAGUUAAAACCUGCUAAACAAUGGGAAAAAGAAUAUAUAGCGUUCAUGAAGAAUUACACGGAGAAUGAAAUGCCGUCUUACAUGGAUAUCGCCUAUACAUCUGAACGGUCCAUUGAAGACGAAUUGGAGAGGGAAUCCAGGUCCGACGUGUCGACUAUCCUUGUCUCGUACUUCAUCAUGUUUGCGUACAUCGCUAUCUCUCUCGGCAGAUUUACGACGUGUUCUAGAUUAUUGAUCGACAGUAAAGUCACUUUGGGACUCGGAGGAGUCUUGAUAGUUCUUGCAUCGGUUGUCUGCUCCAUCGGUAUAUUUGGGUAUUCGGGCGUCGCAGCGACACUCAUUAUUGUAGAGGUCAUUCCGUUCUUGGUGUUGGCUGUCGGAGUCGACAAUAUUUUCAUUUUGGUGCAAACCAAUCAGAGGGAAGGACGCAGACCCAAUGAGACGAUCGCUGAACAUAUUGGAAGAACACUGGGACAAGUCGGCCCGUCUAUGUUCCUGACGUCAGUGUCGGAGUCUGUUUGCUUCUUCCUCGGCGCCCUAAGUGACAUGCCGGCGGUUCGGGCAUUCGCUCUAUAUGCUGGUGCCGCUCUACUCGUGGACUUCCUGCUACAGGUCACUUGCUUCGUGGCGCUGUUAGCUAUAGAUACACGCAGACAGAAUGCCAAUAGAUACGAUAUUUUCUGCUGCCUGACUGGCAGUAAAACAGAAGCGACCGAGGGUGGUGAAGGAGGAUUGUACAGUCUAUUCCGGGACGUAUAUGUCCCAUUCCUGAUGAAGAGAGAAGUCCGAGCUUCCGUUAUGGUCAUCUUUUUUGCUUGGCUCUGUUCCUCAGUGGCGGUGGCGCCACACAUAGAUAUAGGUCUAGACCAGGAGUUAUCCAUGCCGCAAGAUAGCUUCCAGCUGAAAUACUUCCAGUACCUCACCAAGUAUCUUAACAUUGGACCACCCGUCUACUUUGUGGUAAUGGAGUCCGAUGCGUUGGACUAUUCGGAUGUGCGUGCGCAGAAUAUGAUAUGCGGUACUCGAUGGUGCAGACCGGACAGUGUUGCCAAUCAGUUGUACUCAGCCUACCGCAUAUCAAACGUAACGUACAUAGCUCAGCCGCCAAACUCGUGGCUGGACGAUUUCUUCGAUUGGGCUGCAUCCCCCAGUACCUGCUGCAAGUACUUCCCGACCAAUGAAAGCUUUUGUCCAAGCUCCUUUGAAACCCCACCAUGUUCCAAGUGCAACAUGCAACUUGUUGGCCCCGAACAAAGGCCGGCUGGUGCCGACUUCGAGCACUACGUACCGUUCUUCUUGCAAGAUAACCCUGAUAGCUCGGGCUGUGUGAAGGGAGGCCACGCCGCUUAUGGACAAGCACUCAACUACCACAUGUACAAUAAGACGAAUGCUCGAGUCGGCGCUACAUAUUUCCAAGGUUACCACACAGUACUGAAGACGAGUCAAGAUUACUAUUCGGCGUUACGAGCAGCGCGCACGAUAGCUGCCAAUCUCACUGAAACGUUAAAUAGAAACUUACAGGAGAUGGGCACUAGCAAUAAGACUGUCAACGUGUUCCCCUACUCAGUAUUCUACGUGUUCUACGAGCAGUACCUGACCAUGUGGCCGGAUACCCUCAAGUCCAUGGGCAUUUCUGUUCUAUCGAUAUUCAUCGUCACUUUUGUGCUCAUGGGCUUCGAUCUGUUCUCUGCUCUUGUGGUAGUGGUGACAAUAACAAUGAUAGUGGUGAACCUCGGCGGUCUCAUGUACUGGUGGGGCAUCAGUCUCAACGCAGUUUCACUUGUCAACUUGGUUAUGGCUGUGGGAAUAGCAGUGGAGUUCUGCUCCCACCUGGUGCACAGCUUCAGCGUCUCGCCCGGGGAGAACCGGGUGGCGCGCGCCUCAGCGGCUCUUACGCGCAUGGGUUCCUCUGUCCUAUCCGGCAUCACCCUUACCAAGUUUGGAGGAAUUAUUGUCUUGGGAACCGCUAAAAGCCAGAUCUUCCAGGUGUUCUACUUCCGAAUGUACCUCGGUAUUGUGUUGUUUGGCGCUGCCCACGGCCUCAUAUUUUUACCCGUUAUGCUCAGUUAUAUCGGCAUAACCCGCCGACGGGGACACUGGCGAGUGGGGCCGGGGGGAGACACCUACGGCAGUCUAGACUCUACGCCAGCUGAGCCCCGCGCAACCGGCAGCGGUGCCGCUCUCACACAGGAGAUGUGA